AUGACCAAUGCAAACCCCAUCCGAUCCAGGAGGAGGACCAUCCAAACAAACACAGUGAUUACCACUCGCCUCAAUAUUAUCUUAGGCCCGCAGGCCGAACACAAUCGAAUCCAACCUGAUGGAAAUACAGAGUUUCAACCUCUCUUCGGAAGCUACGCCAAGCUCAACAACUGUGACAAGUGGGAAGAUGAUAUACCGAUUGCAGCCCACGCAGAGUACUUUUGA